AUGAAUAUCGAAGGAACGAUAUCAAGGGCGAUAGGAGAUCUUCCGAGGCUAAAAUCCAUUGAUUUUAGAGGAAAUCGUCUCUCAGGUGAGAUACCACGCGAAAUUUCUAAGUUGAAACAGCUGAAACAUCUAGAUUUGGCCCAAAACAAUUUUUCUGGAAUGAUACCGGAGCUUAUACAUUGGAGCAAAAUGCAGUACAUAGGGUUGCAUUAUAACAAUUUGGUUGGAACUCUACCAGAUGAUAUAUGCCGGUUAACGAAAUUGUCAAUUUUCAAUGUGAGAUAUAACCAUUUGACUGGUUCCAUUCCAAACUCAAUUGGAAACUGCACUUCAUUGAAAAUAAUGGAUUUGUCAUUCAACCACUUCAGUGGAGAGAUUCCAUUAAAUAUCUGCUAUUUGCAUAUAACAACCCUCUCAUUGAGUGAUAACAAUCUUUUCGGACGAAUUCCAUACAUGAUUGACAUGAUGCAGAGCCUAGCUAUUCUAGAUCUAAGCAACAACCGAUUAAGUGGCUUUCUUCCUCCUCUUCUGGGUAAUUUGACACAUAUUAAUCAAAUGAACCUACAGGGAAACAUGUUGACAGGUCCAAUACCCCCAGAAUUUGGACAGAUGACAAACCUCCAUUACUUGGAAUUGCAAGAUAAUAAACUCACAGGGCAUAUUCCUCGAGAAUUAGGAAAUUUAACUAAACUAUUCCACUUAAAUCUAGCUAACAAUUUUCUUGAGGGUCAUAUUCCUGAACAUCUCAGUCAUUGCCAAAAUCUCAAUACUCUAAAUGUUCACAAGAAUCAGUUAAUUGGGACUGUUCCUAAUACAUUCAAGAAGUUGAAGAGCAUGACUAAAUUAAACCUUUCAUCGAAUUAUCUAGAGGGGCCAAUGCCAACAGCACUAACGAGAAUCAUCAAUUUGGACACCCUGGAUUUAUCGCACAAUCAAUUUAGUGGACCAAUCCCCUCGUCAAUUGGAGACUUGCAGUAUCUUCUUAAAUUGAACCUGAGCAAUAACAAUUUGGAUGGGGUUAUACCAUUUUCUCUUGGAAACUUGAGAAAUGUCAUCAUGGAGAUUGAUUGUUCAUAUAAUCAUCUUUCUGGUCAAAUUCCAAUGGAGCUUACUCAACUUCAAAAUCUGUUUUUUUUAAAUCUAUCCUAUAAUAAUCUCUCCGGGGAUAUUCCUACAGCAAAUAACUUCACUAGAUUUUCAAAUCUGAGCUUCAUUGGUAACCCUUUCCUUCAUCCUUCAUCUCCAAUAUCAGUGUCAGAUGACACUAAUAGAGAUGAUGAGAACUCUAAGACCAGACAAUGGUGGAUUGUUUAUGUUUCACUUCUUAUUAGUGUUCCUACGCUUGUCGGGAAGAAAGAAGACGCCAAUUGCUGUCUUGGGUUUCUCUGCAAUGAGUUCCUAUGCUACACGAGGCUAGGAACGACCCCUGUUGGUUGGAAGAAGAGGGAGAUCGUCUGUCGAUCCUACUGCUUAAGGAGAAAGGAUGACGACGGCCUAUGUGAUAUGAGUUUGGGAUCUGUUCAAAUGGAAGGAAAGGAAUUGGAGCAGAGGUCGACCGCGGGCGCAGGACACGCCGGAAGUCGCCAUCGCCAUCGCCGCCGGGGAAGGAUGGAAGGCCGGCGGAUUUCUCUUUUAAUUUUGUCAUAUCCAAUUCCUCCAACUUCUGUAUAA